AUGAGGGAUGUAAAGAGAGUUUAUGGCAUCGAGUUGAGUUAUGAGAAGGCAUGGAGGUGCAGGGAGAAGACACUUAUGUAUGUGAGGGGUAGGCCAGAAAAUUCUUAUUUAAAGAUACCAAGUUACUUGUACAUACUGCAACAAAAGAAUCCGGGUACUAUUACUGAUAUUGUGGUAGAGGAUGAUCGGUUCAAGUACUGUUUUUUCUCACUGGGUGCUUGUAGGAGGGGAUUCAGUUUUUGUCGUCCUGUGAUAAGUAUUGACGGCACAUGCUUGGAGACAAAGUAUGGUGGCAUCAUGUUAUGUGUCGUGACAUUGGAUGCAAACAAUCAAUUAUUUCCUAUUGCUUUUGGAAUUGUUGACAGUGAGAAUAAUGAUUCUUGGACGUAUUUCUUGCUGAAGUUGAAGGAAGCGAUUGGAGAGGUUCACAACUUAGUGUUUGUAUCAAAUGGACAUCAAAGCAUUGAACAUGUUAUCGAUGUUGUUUUUCCCGAUGCAUGCCACUGUGCAUGCUAUCACCACAUUGCGAUGAAUGUGGUUGACAAGUUCAAGACUGACGCAUGUAACAAGCAAAUAUGGACUGUGGCUUACACAUUCUCGAAGGCAGAUUUUGAUAAAGAAUUUCAGAAGGUUAGAAAGAUGGAUCUUGUCAUUGCUGCAUAUCUUGAGGAUAUUGGGUUUGAAAAGUGGGCUCGUCCUUAUUGUAUGGGCGAUCGAUACAACGUAAUGACAAGCAACACUGCCGAAAGCAUAAACAUUGUGACAGAGGAAGCAAAGAAAUUUCUAAUAACUAAUUUGAUUAAAUUUAUAAGGUUCACCCUGCAGACUUGGUUUACUGACCAUUUUUUAAAGGCAGAUAAGUGUAGCACCCCUUUAACUGAAAUUUUUGAGGGAGACUUGGCACUAAAACUUGCCGAUGCUAAGUUUUUGAACGUCCAACAUAAUGGAUCCGAUGUGUACAAUGUUGGUAGGUGUCCUAAUGGUAAAAGAGGUGGUGAUGUCAAUUUGGUAGAAAAAACAUGCACGUGCGGUUUGUUUCAAAUGAUCAAAAUUCCUUGUCCUCAUGCAUGUGCUACAGCAAUAGAGAUGAAUAUGAGUGUGUACGCACUUUGCUCCCCGUAUUACACAAAAGAAACAUGGAAGAACACUUAA